CUCCUCCUGUCUCCCUCUCCUCUGUUCUUCCUCUCUGGACUUCUCUUGUGUGCUGCUCUGAUGGAAAUGUGGAGGAUCUUUCUGUCUGUCUCUCUUGUGGUCCAGCACAGUUCAGCAGAAGAAGUAAUGCUGCUGGACACUACAGAGUCCACCGCUGAACUUGGCUGGACAACGUAUCCUGACACAGGGUGGGAUGAGGUGAGCGUGUUAGAUGACAAGGGGAGACUCAUGCGUACAUUUGAAGUCUGCAACGUCAAUCAGAACCCUCGUCUCCAAGACAACUGGUUGGCCACGCCCUUCCUGUACCGACAGUCAGCUCCACGGAUCUUUGUGACACUGCGUUUCUCAGUUCGUGACUGUGCCAGUCUACGCUCCCCCUCCCCCACAUGCAGGGAGACCCUGACCCUGUACUACAAGCAGGCUGACUCCCAGAGAGAGCUGGAGAGAACCUGGGCAGCUGAGCCUUCCAGCGGAGAGACGAGAGAAGGCUGGGUGAAGAUCGACACCAUCGCAGCAGACAAGAGUUUCAGUCGUGUGGAGCCAAGUCUACCUCACCAGUACAAACCUGAGAACGCCCGACGCAUCAACAUCAAAACCCGCAGUUUUGCUCCUCUCACACACAAAGGGUUUGUUUUAGCAAUAGUAGACAGCGGAGCUUGCGUGUCACUUAUGGGUGUUUCCAUAUUUUAUCGUCGCUGUCCAGCAGCCAGUCGUUUCCUGGCCUUCUACCCAGCCACGCCCUCUGGGGCGGAGCCAACAUCUCUAGUGCCGGUGACUGGCACCUGUGUACCCCAUAGCCAAUCACAGGGUGGGACUGCACCAAGAAUGCACUGUAACACAGAAGGCGAAUGGCUGGUUCCUGUUGGAGGAUGCAUGUGUGAUGCCGGAUAUGAGCCCAAUCAUAAUCACUCGGCCUGUUUAGCGUGCUCGAUGGGGUCCUAUAAACCAGUAGCGGGCUCAGUUUCAUGCACAGAGUGCCCAGCUAACAGCAGAACCAGUUCAGAAGGGUCUAAACUUUGCGAGUGUCGGAGUGGUUACUAUCGCGCGCACACCGAUGCCAACACCACCGCCUGCACAAGCCCUCCAUCAGCACCGGUGUCUCUGUCAUGGGAGUAUGAGAGUUCGGAGGGUGGGGUGUCGUUGCGCUGGAGACCUCCUGCAGACAUGGGGGGACGAAGUGAAGUGUGGUAUGGGGUGGUGUGUCGAAUCUGCCCCUCUGCCACCAACACGCCACCAAGCGUGUGUUCCUGGUGUGGAGAUACUGUCACUUUUUCCCCCUCUCAAACUGGCUUAAAGCAGACAAGGGUCACCCUCAAAAACCUGCUUACUAGGGUCACCUACCUCAUACAGGUUCAAGCAAUAAAUGAAGUGUCAACGCUCAGCCCUUUUCCACCUCAGUUCGCCAGCAUCAACUUCACCACCAGCCAGUCAGUGCCUUCUGAGGUGCCCAUGCUGCACCAGUUGAACAGAGUUCAUGACUCCAUCACACUGUCCUGGCCUCAGCCUGACCGGCCCAACGGGGACAUCCUGGAAUACCAGCUCCGGUACCACGACAAGGGGUCUGAUGAGGACAGUGCUAUGAGCGUGUUCAGUGAAACCAACACAGUGACAGUUGGAGGUCUGAUUCCAGGCUCCAUCUACGCCUUCCAGAUCCGUGCCCGAAAUGAGAGAGGCUACGGACCCUACAGCCACACCAUUUACUUCAGCACUCUAGCAAUGGAGGAACAGUCAAAGCAGAUUCAGAAUCGUCUGCCUCUUAUGAUUGGAUCAGUAAUGGGCGGAGCAGCAUUUCUAUUGGUUGUGAUCGCGAUCAUUAUUGUGUUUGUGUUUCGAAGUAAAAGGAGAGAAAGCCCUUACAGCGACAGACUUCAGAGAUACAUCAGCAACAGAGGUGGGGUGAAAUAUUACGUGGACCCCUCCACUUAUGAAGACCCCAGUGAGGCAGUCAAAGAGUUUGCACGAGAAAUUGAGCCUGCUCACAUAAAGAUCGAAGAGGUCAUUGGUGCUGCUCAGUUUGGGGAGGUGUCCCGUGGCCGGUACAGGCCAUUAGGUCGUAGAGAGAUGCUGGUCGCGGUUAAGACUUUACGUUGGGGAGUGACAGACCGUGAGAAGAACGUGUUUCUCAGUGAGGCCGGGGUACUUGGCCAGUUUGACCACCCUAAUGUACUGAAACUGGAAGGUGUGAUCACUCGCACCCCUCCUGAACGCAUUAUCACAGAGUUUAUGGAAAACGGCCCCCUGGAUGCCUUUCUCAGAGAAAACGAGGAUCAGUUCAGCGUCUUGCAGCUGGUAGGAAUGGUGAGAGGUGUUGGAGCCGGAAUGCGAUAUCUUUCCGAGAGGAAUUUUGUCCAUCGUGACCUCGCUGCCCGGAACGUUCUGGUGAAUUCAAACCUGGUUUGUAAGGUGUCUGACUUCGGCCUGUCCCGUUUAAUGAGGGGUCUGGACCACAACAUGCCCACCUACACUGCGUCACUGGGCAGUAAGAUCCCUGUGCGGUGGACAGCUCCUGAAGCUUUCCAGCAUCGUAAAUUCAGUUCAGCGAGUGACGUCUGGAGUUUUGGGAUACUCAUGUGGGAGGUCAUGUCAUAUGGAGAACGCCCAUACUGGGACAUGAGUAACCAAGAGGUGAUGAAGGCAGUGGUUGAUCAGUACCGUUUACCUGCUCCAAACGGUUGUCCUCCAGCUCUUCACUCUCUGAUGCUCCAGUGCUGGCAGGCCAACAGACAGGACAGGCCAGCAUUUGAUUCUCUUCUGUCGUCCCUCGACCGACUCAUACGCCACCCUGCCUCCCUAAAGGCAGAACACAGCCGUCCCAGCCAGCCACUCUUAAGCCCCACCCCUACUGACCUCUCAACAGUGACAACAGUCGGUGAUUGGCUGACAGCUCUAAAGAUGGACCGGUAUAAAGAUGCGUUUGAGAGAGCACAGUACCACAGUCUGGAGGGAGUGAGCAUGCUCACAAUGGAGGAUGUUCAGGCUCUAGGAGUGAAUCUGCUCGGCCAUCAGCGGAAGAUCGUAAAUGCAGCUAAACAGCUUAGGACACACCUCACUCAGGGACAUGUGGAGGUCUGAUGCUUCCCACCUUGUGUUGACACAGCAGUCCAUGCUGGGAGAGCUAGUCCACAGCCUGUCGCAGCCCACGAGAACAAUGGAAUAGAGAUGAGGAUGACAAAAAGAGCCUUGAGUGAAGAGGAAGAGUUUUAUUAUGAAUUAUUUGCUCAUCUGUCCCACCCUUUCUUGCUGAACUGUUGUCUUCUAUAUUCUUCUUUCACUUACUCCCUCCUUCAGUGUUGCACUACCUCUCACUUUUUUAUCAGUUUAUUAAUUACUGGCAUUCAGGAUGAACUUGAGCCUUAAGAACACUCCUUCACAAUCAGUUGCAAGGACAAUCAGAGACUUUAAACGAACAGUAACUGACUGUUAUGUCUUUGUUGGCACGUGUGGUCAAGGGCACUAGAUGUUUUAGUUUUAACUACACAACCAAACAACAUAUUGAACAAUAAACUGAACAAAAACCACCACAAAUACACUGCCAAAAGUCCUGUUUCUAAUCAGUAUUUUGUCUUGUUUUCCAGUAAAAAAUAUCUAAAUUAUGCUCAGAGCUUAUCAGGUUUGUUUAAGAAUGUAUAAAUAUUGUUUUCAGAAAAUACACGCUACCAUUCAAAGGUUUGGGCUCAGAGAGAUUCAAAGGUUUUUGAAAGAAGUCUCAAGGCUGCAUCGAUUUGAUUAAAAAUAGUAAUAUUGUGAAAUAUAAUUACAAUUUAAAAUAAAAGCUGGAUUUUCUGCAUCAUUACUCAAGUCUUGAGUGUCACAUGAUCCUUCAGAAAUCAUUUUAGUUGGUUGAUUUGGUAAUCAAGAAACAUUUAUUAUUAUUAUCAAUGUUGAAAACAGUUAUGAUGCCUAGUAUUUUUGUUAAAACUUUGUUUUUUUCCCAAUAUAUUUGGAUGAAUAAAAAGUUCAAAAGAAGAACAUUAAUUUAAUAUAUAUAUAUGAUAAAAAAAAUUGUAACAAUUUAAAAUUCUUUGCUUUUGAGUAUUAAAAAAGUAUUUAUUUAUUAAAAAAAAAAAUAUUACUGGCCCUAACUUUAAAAAUAAUAAAUACAUCAUAAAAUGCAAUUUUGCUUUUUGGGUACUUUUUUGUUGUUAUAUUGAUGUUAUUUUCUACUGGAAAACAAGAAUCAAAUAAUUAACAUAACAAUAUUUUUGCACUAUUCUUUAUGUACAGAUUUAUGAAGUAUUGUAUAAUACAAUGCUUACGGCGGAGACUCACAUGGUGAAGUUUUUUGCAUUUUGUGAGUUUCAAUCGUACAUUGCAGCCACGAUAGUUCACUGCUUACCUGUGACUGAGACCUGUGAUGUUCCAUCAUCUCACCUGUGACCAUCACUUCACAUACAAAACACAUCUAUGCUACUAUGAGCCAGUUUCCCUCCACCGAUCCUAGUCCUGUCCACUAGCAGUUGUGUUCCUGUAAAUACUAGUUCACCCCUGAAACAAUGUAGCAUAAAAUCACACUGUAAUAUAUGAGCGUUGUGAAGUAGGUGUUGCAACAAAUGUGAUUACAAUUGCUGGGUGAAGGGAGAGAGAGAGAGAAAUGUAUAUAUAUAUUUGUGUGUGUGUGUGUGUGUGUGUGUGUGUGUGUGUGUGUGUGUGUGUGUGUGUGUGUGUGUGUGUGUGUGUGUGUGUGUGAGACAGAUUUACAGUACAGGUGUAACUGUUUGGUGCUGCUGAAGAAAAAGUGUAUGUUUGGAUGUGUGAAUGGAUUUCUGUGUAAAAAAAAAAAAACAUGUAAAAAGGGAGUGUAUGAUCAAGUGGAUGUAUAUUUGAAUCUGUUUGAUUGUACAGUUGUUCACCACUGUUCCACUACUGUCCAAAUUUGUAAAAUAUAUAUGAUUUUGAUUAAA